AUGUCCAGGUUUCAGGAGCUUAAAGCUUCGUUCAAACAGCGGCUGCUGACUUCGGUUCGUAAAGAUCUGUUCGGACAUUUGGAGAGAAAAAUAUCCGAUUAUAAGAAGGAGAUCGACCGCAACAGAAAACUGUUGGAUCUGGUUCCAAACAGAGACUCAAGGCGGCGAGAAUCAGUGUGUCCUGCAGACGUCCAGCAGGUGUUGGAGACUAAAGAAGUUUCCCCUGAUCAGCAGGAGUGGAGCUCCAGACUGGACCAGCAGGAUCCAGAGCCCCCCCACAUUAAAGAAGAACAGGAAGAACUCAUUCAGAGACCAGUAGAGGACUGUGGAGGAUCAGAAUUAGACAGGAAGUUGGAUCAAGACUGGCAUCCACACCCAGAGAGUGAUGACAGUGAAAGACACUUUGAGGAUUCUAACAGGAAAUCAUCAGGCUACUCUGUGACUAGUAAAACAUUUACAGUGAAGGGAAAUUUAAAUGAGCACAUGUUAACCCGUAGGGGGGGUAAACCAUUUAACUGCUCUGAGUGUGGUAAAAGAACUGGCUGUAAGGCUAAUCUGAAGAGACACAUGAGAAUUCACACAGGGGAGAAACCAUUUGGCUGCUCAGUUUGUGGUAAAAAAUGUGCAGAUAAAUCAAAUCUAACAAAUCAUGUGUUAACCCACUCAGGGGAGAAACAAUUCAGUUGUUCAGUUUGUGGUAAAGAAUUUAGAGAAAGAAGGAAUCUGACAUCCCACAUGUUAAUCCACACAGGGGAAAAACCAUUUAGUUGCUCAAUUUGUGGUAAAAAAUUUAGACAAAAAACACAUCUAAAAACCCACAUGUUAACCCACACAGGUGAGAAACCGUUUAGCUGCUCUCAGUGUGGUAAAACAACUGGCAGUAAGGCAUAUCUGAAGAAACACAUGUUAAUCCACACAGGGGACAAACCAUUUAGUUGCUCAGUUUGUGGUAAAAAAUUUGGACAGAAAUCACAUCUAAAAACCCACAUGUUAACCCACACAGGUGAGAAAGCAUUUAGUUGCUCAGUUUGUGGUAAAAAAUUUAAACUAAAAGGAAAUCUAACAUCCCACAUGCUAACCCACACAGCAGAAAAACAAUUUAGUUGUUCAAUUUGUGGUAAAAAAUUUUCAGAUAAAUCAACUCUAACAAAACAUAUGUUUACCCACACAGGUGAGAAACUAUUUAGUUGCACAGUUUGUGGUAAAAAAUUUGGACAAAAAUCACAUCUAAAAACUCACACGUUAACCCACACAGGGGAGAAACCAUUUAAUUGCUCAAUUUGUGGUAAAAAUUUUGGACGAAAAUCACAUCUAACAUCCCACAUGUUGACCCACACGGGGAAGAAACCAUUUAGUUGCCCAGUUUGUGGUAACAGAUUUGCAUAUAAAUCAACUCUAAAAUCUCACAUACUGAGCCACACGGGAGAGCCACCAUUUAUUUGCUCAAUUUGUGGCAAAAGAUUUAGCCGGAAAGGAACUCUGACAGACCAUAUGACUCGUCAUAAAAGAGAAAAACAAUACAGUUGUAGAGUUUGUAACAAAAGAUUCAGUUGGCGUAGUCAGCUCAAAAAACAUAAGUGUGUUAGUGAGUCCUCACAGCUUCAUCAGUCAGACUGAGGAGAGCAGAGAGGCAGAGCCUCCAGCCAAAAGCUCGACUGAACAGAUGGAAACAGAAGCCGGUGGAGUGGCCCACGUAGUUGCUCAGAAGAGAAAUCUGAAACACCAUGUAUGACUUCACACAGAAGAGACGUGAAUCAUUAGCAGUGUUUGUAACUGAGGAGUUGGCUGUUCAGAAACAUGAGUGUGUUGUCAAGAGAAGUGACAAUAAAUGAAGUUGUUCAUGGGGCUGCAUCUGACACAAUUUCACAUUAUUUAUAAAUGUAUUUAUUAUUAAAUUUUUCAAUUACAUGCUGAAUUCUUCAACUAUCCUUUUGUCCAUUGUGUGUCAGGAAACAGUGAAUAUACCUGUUAUAUUUUGCCAGUGUUGAACUCUUAAAACAAUUUGUUUUGGUCAGCCAACAGAUAUUCAAUUUAGGGAAAAAAUGAAAUGUUUUAGAAGCUGGAGCCUGUAAAGUUUUUGUUUAAAAAAAUUACUGAGACUAUAAACAAAUAGUUGCAGGUUAAUUAUUUGUCGAUCGAUUCAUUGAUUUAUCAACUAAUUGUUGCAGCUCCUCUGUGCAACUGCUGUUUCAGCUGUUUCAGUAACGCAUUGAAAACUUAACUUUGAGUUUCAUAAUGUUACUUUUAGCAGAUUAAACUGAUUCUGCUUUUCAUCACAUUGAAGAAAUUUACACCCAAAUCAUCGUUGACUUAUGUUUUCCUCUUUGCAGUAAUUAAAAGAUAAACUUCAUCUUGAAAGAUGACCUUAUCCACUGUGUUGUACUAUAUGUAAAACAGGCUGAACUGUGCCACUGACAAACACUUUAUUAACAUUUUAGUGUUCUUCUCGUGGAAAUCAUCUUUAAAAAACUCUAAUGUAACUGGAGACUGAAGUGCCUAUGAAAUCUAAUCACUUCCUUUUAGUGGAAUUAGUUUUUCAUGUUUCAAUCAAAUAAAAGUCUCAACUGAA